GUCAGCAGCUCCACGGGAAAGAAAGAGACUCACACCAGACUCCGUUCAAAAAGUGGCCGAUUUAAGGUCAGAGCUGCAGCUUUAAUACAAGAACUGUGUGUGUAACUGCAGACGGUUACUGCAGGUUUCAAGGUGGAGGCUCCCACUGCUGUGGGUGGAGUUAAAGGGCAGAUCACGUGGUGAUUGGCUCCAGCAGAGUCCAGGCCGUGAUCAGCAGCUUUUACAGCAGCUGGUUGGUUAUUGGGUAGGAGACCCCGCCCACAUCAGAGCCAUGCUGAGACCUCUGAGGCUCCUCCUCUCAGGCCUGAAAACGCAGCCAAGCCGCUGCUGCUCCAGCUUCGUGUCCAGGAUGAGGUAUGUGAACAGGCUGAAGGAGGACGACGAGGCGUGCGCGGCGGCGCUGAAGGAUGGCUCCAUCUUCCUCUUCCACCGCUUGUCUCCUCUGCUGCGACGCCCUGACGCCAGAACCUUCAGCCCAGCAGCUUUCACCUGCUCAGAUGUGCAGUUGGUCCUACAGAGGCUCGGUUCAGACGGGUCGCAGCUGAAGGAGGCAGUUCUGAUUGGCUGUUCUGAGCAGAACCAGGCUCAGUUCUGUCUGGAUGUCGGAGAACUGGACCAGGCGGCGGUGGAGGAAGCCUCUCAGGGGACCUUCAUCGAUCUGAGGAAGGCCUUCUUUCUGCUGCCCGCAACUGAGGCGCCUCUAGUGUCCAAGGGUCAGGCGCUGCUGCGUUGGCAUCAGACCAGCAGGUUCUGCGGCGCUUCGGGCCAGCCGACUCAACGAAACCGAGCAGGCAGCCAGAGGUUCUGCAGCAGCAGCUCCACCGUCUACUACCCGAAGAUGUCUGCGGUGGCGGUCGCUCUGGUGUCUGAUGGGAGUCGGUGUCUGCUGGGCCGCCAGCCAUCCUUCCCACGUGGACUCUACAGCGCUCUGGCCGGCUUCUGUGACAUGGGUGAGACUCUGGAGGAGGCGCUCUGCAGGGAGGUGGCGGAGGAGGUGGGUCUGGAGAUCCAGAGCAUCUCCUACAGCUCCUCGCAGCACUGGCCGUUCCCGCACAGCUCCUUCAUGCUGGGCUGCCACGCCUUGGUUAGCCCCGCCCACACUCAGCUGAGCGUGGACAACUCAGAGCUAGAAGAUGCUCGCUGGUUCACCAUGGACGAAAUCACCCGUGCCCUCCAGGUGAAAGCUCCGCCCAGGAGAGGCGACCCCCCCAUCAUCUGGCUUCCUCCAAAACACGCCCUCGCCAACCGCCUCAUCAGGGAGUGGGUGGAGCAGCAGCGGCAGAGUGAGGGCGGAGAGUGAUGGAGGCGGAGCUGCAGUCGGAGUCAUCAGAUCACACCUGAAACACGGAUGUUUCACCUCCGCUCCUGAGAUCUCACAGUUCAGAAGUCCAUUCAGAUUCUCUGAUUUUAGCCUCCUUCACAGAUCUAACCUGUGACCUUAUUGAAAGAAACUUUUAAUGUGAAAAACAUUCAGUCAGUCACGACAGGAAGCAGCUCGUGGUCUCUGACCUGCUGAUGUUUCCUCCAAACUGGUUUUAAUUUUCAAUAAAAAUCCCAGAAUGGAAAAAA